AUGCCGAGCAAGAGGAAGAGAGACAUCCUGGACUUUGAUCCUAACAAGUCCGACUCCGAGGAUGAAAACUUUGAGCCGGGAGGAGAUGACGACAAGCCUCGGCACAGCAAGAAGAAGUCGCGCGGGGCCAAGGCCAAGACCUCAGGGUCUCGCAGAAAACACAACAAAUACGCAGGCUCGGACAUCGAUGACGACGAUAUCUCCGAUAGCCAGCUCGAGGACUCGUUCGGCGAAGGUUAUGAUGAUGAGGAGGACGAGGAUGAAGAUGAGGACCAGCCCACCAACGCAGCCGGUCGUCGCACUAGGAAAGCUGCGCGCAACCACCAGAGCUACAAAGAAAGCAGUGCCGAAGAGGAGAGCGUCGCCGGGAACUCUGACUCGGAUGGUGAGGAGAUAGAGACUCUUCCCAAGGCUUCUACCAAAAAGACUCGUGUCAUUACUAUCAAGAAGCUUGACAAGGAGAAACUCCGCGAUUUGGAUGGGAACACACCCGCGCCCACCACUCGCCGCACUAGGGCGCAUACCGAGGAGGCCGACGAAUUUUAUGAGCUCUCCAACUCAGGAAAACACGCUCAACCGGCUAGUACCUCCAGGAGCAGGAGCCCUGAAGCGAUGGCCCAGCACUCGCGUCCGACUCGCGGAACCAAGGGACUCAAGAAACCCCCUUCCACGAUCGAGGAAGCAACCCAGGAGAGCAGCUCGCGAAACCACUUGGAAGAAGGCGAGUUUCUUGGUGGAAUGGACGGCGCUGCAGAUAUACCGAUCGACUCUGCUGAGAUUGCGGAAGAUGUUGCAGCUGACGAUGGCGCCGCCAACGCAGAGAACGCCGACGAUGGCGGUGAAAAGGGCGAGGAGGAGAUUCAGCCUGAGGACGAUGACGAAGACGAUGUACCGGUUACUAGGCGGACUCGUGCCUCGCGUGCUAAUGCUGCUGAACAAGGCGCUCCUGAAGAAGCCGAUGACGAAUCUGAAAACAACACUGGUGGCCGCCGCCUGACCCGUGGCUCUAGGAAGAAGAAAUCGACUCAGGAGCCUAGCAGCGACUUUGAGCCGAACGAGGAUUCUGGCGAAGGCGAGGCAUCCGGCUCCGAAGCCGCUCCCACCAAAGGGGAUGCUGGUAGCGACGAGGACUACUCGAGUCCUAGCGGACGGGGCAGAAGAGGCUCUCAGAGACGCGGGACCAAGCGGCGUCGAGCUAAUGAAUCAGACGACGAUGUAGAGUUCAACCCUGACGAGAUGGAUGCCGAGAUUCAGGAAUUGAGGGAGAGCUCACAUUCUCGACCGCGCCGCCGUGUGCGCUCCCCUUCAAUAUCCUAUGAACAGUUGCCCAAACGAAGAAGGGUCACGAAACCUGUUGAUUAUAGUAUUAAGCCUCUUGAUCAACUGGUGGACCAAGAUGAGGAAGAAGAUCCCGCGCCCACGCCCGUGCGCCGCCGGAAUGCUCGCGCCGGCGCCGGCGCGGCGUGGCAGCGCAAUCUCUUGUCUACAUUCGGGCCUUUCGGGGGCGGCGGUGGUGCGGGCUCGCUUCUUGGCGGCCCGUGGGGCACUGGUGCGACCGGCGGUGUGGAGUCGGACAGCAGUGAUGACGAGAUGGUUCACAAACCUGGAGUCGGCGGCAACGUCGGCAUGACCCCCACCUCAGCCGCAGCGCCGCCCGGAUUUGCCGCCCCGAUCAACCUUGAGGCGCUGACCGGUGUAGCUGCGACCCCCAAUGUCGGCAAGGUCAAGAAUCAGAAGGCAUUUGCCGAUGCCGACCCGCUUGGCGUCGAUCUGAGUGUUGACUUCAGCAAAGUCGGUGGUCUCCAAGGUCACAUCAAUCAACUGAAGGAGAUGGUUACACUGCCCCUGCUGUACCCGGAGCUCUUCCUUCGAUUCAAAGUCACUCCCCCCCGUGGUGUACUUUUUCAUGGCCCUCCUGGCACGGGUAAAACGCUCUUGGCGAGAGCACUUGCCAAUUCCGUUGGCGUUGGUGGCCGCAAGAUCACGUUUUACAUGCGCAAAGGCGCUGAUGCGUUGAGCAAAUGGGUUGGCGAAGCCGAAAAGCAGCUGCGGCUUCUCUUUGAGGAGGCCAGGAGGACUCAACCAAGCAUCAUUUUCUUUGAUGAAAUUGAUGGUCUUGCCCCUGUCCGGUCUAGUAAACAGGAACAGAUCCAUGCAUCCAUCGUCUCGACCCUCCUGGCUUUGAUGGAUGGUAUGGAUGGCCGAGGCCAGGUCAUCGUGAUCGGUGCCACGAAUCGCCCAGACAAUAUCGAUCCAGCCCUCCGACGUCCAGGGCGUUUUGACCGCGAGUUCUACUUCCCGCUGCCUGAUGUUGAGGGUCGCCGAGCGAUCCUCGACAUCCACACCAAAGACUGGGGACUGUCGGAUGAAUUCAAAAACACACUUGCAGACAACACCAAGGGAUAUGGUGGCGCUGAUCUUCGAGCCCUUUGCACCGAGUCUGCGUUGAAUGCCAUCCAGAGGACGUAUCCGCAGAUAUAUUCCGCAAAGGAGAAGCUCAUCGUUGAGCCAGAAAAGAUCAACAUUCAUGCUGCUGACUUCAUGAUUUCCAUGAAAAAGAUGAUUCCCUCAUCUGAGCGGUCAGCUACAUCAGGCGCAACACCCUUGCCUAAAUCGAUCGAGCCGCUCCUCCGCACGCAGUAUGCCUCGACCAUCAAGCUGCUGAACGACAUCCUGCCGCGUAAGAAGAAGACGACUGCUUUGGAAGAGGCAAUGUUCGAGAUCCCUGAUGACGCAGAUCAUGGGUUCGGCCGGGAGAACCUGAACCAGGAGUUUGAAAAAUCCCGGAUAUUCAGGCCUCGGCUUCUUAUCACCGGUCUCCCUGGCAUGGGCCAGGGCUACCUCUCCUCUGCUAUACUUCACCAUUUUGAAGGGGUACAUGUGCAGAGCUUUGACCUCCCGUCUUUGCUUGGAGAUGGACGACCUCUCGAGCAAGUUAUUGUUGGAUUAUUUGUAGAGGUGAAACGCCACAAACCUGCCGUGAUUUCUAUUCCUGAUAUCAAUGCUUGGUAUGAUACGUUGGCGGGCCCAUCGUAUACAACUUUUGUCACCAUGUUACGGUCAAUACCACCCACCGACCCCGUCCUGUUGUUCGCCACAGCCGAUUGCGAGGCAAAAGACAUUCGGCCCGAGGUGCUGAAGGACUUGUUUGGAUUUUCCAAAAAGAAUCGACUUACAAUCGCUCGUCCAAACCGGGAGAGCCGUUUGGAGUAUUUCACCAACGUAAUUUCGCACAUCAGGAAGAGCCCCAACGACUUUCCAGAUCCAGCAAACCGUAAGAAGAGAGUGCUGGAAGAGCUUCCUGUCGCGCCGCCGCCGCCGCCAAAGCCGAAGACCAAGGCCGAAAUCAAGGAAGAGCUCAAGAGGGACCACCUUAUGCUCAACCUUCUCAAGGUUCAGCUUCAACCGAUCAUGGACCAGAUGAAGAAGUACAAGAAGUUCCGGCAAGGCGUCAUUCCGGACAGCCAGAUUCACUAUCUAUGGCAAGAGGCCGAUCCCAACUACAUUCGACCAGACCUGUCCGAAGCCCUGAUUCGCCCCUUCGAGAUUGCCAAGGACAAAGAUGGGAUUGAGGGCCUGAAGGAAACUGCAACAGGCAAAUUCUUCUACAACCUGGACCUCGCUACUAUCGAGGAACGCUUAUCGAACGGCUACUAUGCCAGACCGAAGGACUUCUUCCGAGACAUUCAGUCUCUCGCCAAGGACUCCAGGAACAUUGGCGACAAGGAGCGUGUUCUCAAAGCGAACGAACUGGUUAGCAAUGUCGAGGUUGAUGUCGCUGAAGUGGAGGCUCGGCUUGCUCAAGGCGAUUGGGAAGGCCUGCAUCAGAGGCAGGCGCAAAGGGCCCGGGAUGCUGCUGAGAAAGCACGCAAGAGAAAGGCCACCCAGUCCAUGAUCGACCUGAUCCAAUCUGAUGUCCAUGAUAGCGACUCGCAGAAUCCUGUGGGCCCUGUCACAAUCGGCGAGACUGUGCCUGGUACUACUACAGCCCGUUUCCGCCUGAUGAGCCCAGAGGCGAAUGCCGGUGGCGACGAGGCUGGCCAGCAACACCCUCUCAGUAAUGGGAACUCCGUUCCUUCUCGUGUCAACGGCGAAGACACACAGAUGAGCGGCAUGGACGAGGAGAUGACCCAGCCCGUGUCACAAAUGGGCCCUCCAUCGCAAUGGCCGAAGACGGAUCCUAGGUCUCUGGACCAUUCCACCAGGGCUACUGCUGGCAACACGCAGAUAUCUCAGGUCUCUGCUAUCACCACUCUGCCGCCAGGAAUGUCGCCUUCCGCCAUCGUGAAUGACGCAUCCACGACGAAGACCUCUGACCCUUCAACCAACCGGUCCUCCGGACCUUGGAGCGGCCACGCUACCAAUGGCUUCCACAGUGAUGUGGCCGAGCACAACAGCUCACAACUACCCGACACGCAGCCAAUGGACGGAUCCGGACCGAGCCAGGCAACAUCCAGCGAUGCGCAGUGGCCACAUUCCCAAGCUCACGGCAUAGCUCGCGGCGUGAUCCAGCCCCGUAUGGGCUUUGGUGGCAGAAGUGAGCAGAGCAGUCCCACUUCCACGGAGCCUGGCAAGGCCUCCAGAGGAGACGGCCUCGCCGGCGGAGGGCACGACGGCGACGUCAGCCACUCUUCUUCCCUCCGCAAUUCGGGGCACACUUCGUCAUCGUCAUCGUCUCAGCAACAGCAGACCAUCCUGCCGGAGACCUACGUGCACAACUUCCUGCUGGAGCUGACGGAGCGCACCUCGGGCUGCACGAUCGAGCAGCUCGAGCAGAUCAGCCGCGAGCUGAUGGACGAGAUCUGGCGCACGCGCGGCGAGUGGAACCGCAGCCGCGUCCUGAGUGGCCUUAGCAAGGUGUUCAACGACACCAUUAGCGAUAUCGAGGAUUUGCAAGGCGUGCUGCCUCAGAGCCAGGAGCAGCACGAUGACGGGGAUCAUUAUGCUAGGUUUGGCGUCGCUUGA